AUGCCUCAGAGAAUCCCAGAAGGCGAGCAUCUCCUGGACCUCCUCUCCCUCAAGGGACGGGUCGUUGUCGUCACCGGUGCCUCCGGCCCCAAGGGCAUGGGUAUCGAGGCUGCCCGCGGCUGCGCUGAGCUGGGCGCCGACAUUGCCAUCACCUACGCCUCGCGUGCCGAGGGCGGCAUCAAGAACGCAGAGCAGCUCUCGAAAGACUACGGCGUCAAGGCCAAGGCAUACAAGUGUCAGGUCGACAAGUACGAGAGCGUCGAGCAGCUCGUCAAGGACGUCGUCAACGACUUUGGCAAGAUCGACGCUUUCAUCGCCAACGCCGGUGCCACCGCUGACAGCGGCAUCCUCGAUGGCUCCGUCGAGGCCUGGAACCACGUCAUCCAGGUCGACUUGAACGGUACCUUCCACUGCGCAAAGGCCGUCGGCCACCACUUCAAGGAGCGCGGCACUGGCUCGCUCGUCAUCACUGCCUCCAUGUCCGGCCACAUCGCCAACUACCCUCAGGAGCAGACUUCUUACAACGUCGCCAAAGCCGGCUGCAUCCACAUGACCCGCUCCCUCGCCAACGAAUGGCGCGACUUCGCCCGUGUCAACUGCAUCUCGCCUGGGUACAUCGACACCGGCCUCUCCGACUUCGUGCCCAAGGAGACCCAGAAGCUCUGGCACAGCAUGAUCCCGCUCGGCCGUGACGGUCUCGCCAAGGAACUCAAGGGUGCCUAUGUCUACCUCGUCUCCGACGCUUCGACCUACACCACCGGUGCUGAUAUUGUCAUUGACGGUGGCUACCCCUGCCGAUAA